AUGCUCGCCUUCAGGUCCCUCAGCCGCGCCGCUCCCCGAGCCCUCCCCAGGGUCUCCCGAGCCUCCAGCUCCCUCCUCGCCCGUCUCCCAGCUACCCGCACCGCGGCCGUCCGCGUAGCCUUCCCUCGCGCGACCUACUCCUUCUCCACCUCCGCCCUCCGCGCGUCUAAGAGCGAGGUCGACGCCGAGCUCUCUGCGAAGCUCGAGAGCGAGAUCCAGUUCGAGGAGGAGGUUUCCAAGGAGGAGCAGAUGCCCGCUAGCAUCAAGGAUUUCUUGGCCAGUGGACAGUUUGAGGUUGUUGAUGUUGAGGGCAAGGAGGAGGUUAAGCUUGUGAAGAAGCAUGGUGAUGAGAAGAUCACUGUCUCCUUCUCCAUCACCGAGCUCCCCUACCAGGAUGAAGACUUGAUGGAAGACGACCAAGCCUUCGACGACGCCGAGAACCUCGACAACCAGCCCGCUAGCCAAGACCGCAACGCCUCCUCCCGCUCCGCCGCCGAAGAAGACCUCGUUGACGAAGACGCCGAGGAAUUCGGCGGUGCCGCUCCCCCCACCCAUCUCACCGUCGUCGUCGAGAAGCCCUCCAAGGGCCCCGGCGCCCUCUCCAUCGAGUGCACUGCCCAGGACGGUGCCCUUAUCGUCGACAACGUGCACUACUAUGCCGACGCGAACCAGGCCUUCGCGUCCACCCCCGAGGCGUCGCACGCCCGCGUCGAUGCCUACCCCGGUCCCAGCUUCGCUACGCUUGAUGAGGAUCUUCAGGUGUUGAUGGAGCAGUACCUUGAGGAGAGGGGUAUUUCGCAGGGUCUUGCUACUUUUACUCCCGAUUAUAUUGACUAUAAGGAGCAGAAGGAGUACCAGAGGUGGUUGCAGAACGUCAAGAACUUUGUUGACUUGUAA